AAUCCACCCAUCAACAGGUAUAAUUUACACCCAGCCCUGGGCUACGUUAGAUGCCGAAGUGAACUCCAAGUACAAUUUCUAUGUGAAGGCAGAGGACACGGAUGGGAAGUACAGCUUGGCUGAAGUGUUCAUUACAGUCCUGGAUGUCAAUGACCACUCUCCAGAGUUCAACGAGAACAUCCAGGAAAAGACCAUGAUCAUCGGGUCACCAGUGAAGAUAGAGGCCAUAGAUCAAGAUGCAGAGGAACCCAACAACAUUGUUGAUUAUUCCAUCAUGCAAGCAGAUCCAGCCAACGUGUUUGAUAUAGACCAGAGCACCGGGGAAAUCAAGCUGAAAUCCUACAUCCGUUCUCUGGACAUCAUCCACAACAUCACCAGGAACAAGGACUGCAUCUGGUCGCUGGUGGUGCAGGCCAAAGACCGGGGCUCCCCUUCCUUCAGUACCACUGCAGUUCUGAAGAUCGAUAUCACGGAGGAG